CUUGUUUGGCUGCAUCCAUGCUAGCCUGUGACUCUCGCCCUCUAUAUAUAUAUUACAUUUCUUUAUUGCUAACUCAAACCACCACUACUUCUUCUGUUCUUCCCUUAUUCAAAUCACAAAAAACAAUCAUUAAUUAAACAAGUUAUCAUGUCUUCCACUUCCCCUGAUCAUCACCAUCAUGUUCAAAUUCCUCCUCCAAAAAAAACACUUCCGUUAAAAGAAAUCCCGGGUGCUUAUGGCCUCCCAUUCUUCGGAGCGAUUAAGGAUCGAAGUGACUUUUACUACAACCAAGGCAGGGACGAAUUUUUCAAGGCUCGAAUGGAGAAAUACAAUUCCACGGUUUUCAGGUCUAACAUGCCACCUGGACCUUUCAUGGCUCCAAACCCUAAAGUCGUCGUCCUCCUUGACGCCGUUAGUUUCCCGAUCCUCUUCGACAACUCCAAGGUCGAGAAAAGAGACGUUCUUGACGGAACUUACAUGCCGUCGACGAAACUAUUCGGCGGCUACCGUACCUGUGCAUUUCUAGAUACUUCCGAACCUUCCCAUGCAGCCUUAAAAACAUUUUUCUUAUCCCAACUCGCCAAAUUACAUAAAAACUUCGUCCCCUUUUUCCGGACCAGCCUUUCGGGUUUUUUCACUAAGCUUGACGAUGAGUUUUCCCAGCAAGGAAAAGCCAACUUGAACGACCUAACGGAUUCCGUCUCGUUCGAGUUCGUUUUCCGUUUGCUCUGCCGGAAUAAAAACCCGUCUGAUUCCGACACCAACAACUUGGGCUCCUCCGGCCCAUCUAGGUUUGACAAGUGGCUGUUUCUCCAGCUUGCUCCGCUUAUAUCCUUAGGACAGAAAUUCAUCCCUCAUUUCCUCGAAGAUUUACUCAUCCAUACUUUUCAACUACCUUCUUUGAUCGUCAAAUCCGAUUACAAGAAGCUUUACGAUGCGUUUAACAAGUACGGCGGCGAGAUUCUUGAUGAAGCUGAGAAGAAGGGGAUCGAAAGAGAUGAAGCCCUUCAUAACUUGAUAUUUCUUGCAGGGUUUAACGCGUACGGCGGAAUGAAAAUCUUAUUCCCGGCGUUAUUCAAGUGGGUUGGCGCCGCCGGAGUGGAGCUACAUCGCCGGCUUGCUGACGAAAUCCGGACCGUCGUCAAGGAAGAAGGUGGGGCCAUAUCUCUAUCCGCGCUGGAGAAAAUGAGUUUGACUAAAUCGGUGGUUUAUGAAGCACUAAGGUUGGAUCCACCCGUGCCGUUUCAGUACGGAAACGCAAGAGAAGAUAUUGUUAUUAACAACCACGAGUCAUCUUUCUUGAUUAAGAAAGGUGAAAUGAUUUUUGGGUACCAGACGUUUGCGACGAAAGAUCCGAAGGUUUUCGACAACGCCGAGGAAUUCGUGCCGGAUAGGUUCGUCGGCGACGGCGAGAAGCUGCUGAAGUAUUUGUAUUGGUCGAACGGAAGGCAGACUGAGAAUCCGUCUGCGGACAACAAGCAAUGCCCGGCUAAGGAUUUGGUGGUUCUGCUGUCCAGGAUAAUGCUGGUGGAAUUCUUCCUCAAGUAUGAUAGUUUUGCUGUUGAUGCUGCUACUGUGAUGUUGGGUCCCUUGGUGACCAUCAAAUCCUUGACUAAGGCCGCUUGAUUAGUUUAUUGUUAAUUAGUGACUUAGUGUUAUCAUUUUUUCAUUACAUUUAUUAGUAUCUAUCAUCAAAUUAUCAACAAUGAAACGUUCAAUAAUUGGGAUCUUACCAAUCGUGUUGAAUCAAGUAAUAAAAUUUUUUUUUUUUUUUAAAACCAAGUUUCGAAUUUUAGACUUGAUUUGGAUCAACUAAUAAUUAAGGAUGUGUUUAUUCUUUAUUUAGGUUUUGAGUGGAGUCUUUAC